UCUUAACGAUUGCGAAUGCGAACUCGUGGCGGUACACUGGCUUCGGAUGUAAUACACUGGCACCUAUGAUAACCACGUGGGGCGAUAUUGGACAAAGGCCUUUAGGUCCUUUGUUUGUUCUUGGAAUUGCGUACGUGCACGAAUGCCUUUUAAUUCCAGCUACGUUCUAUCAAAUCUGCACCACCACCAUAUUUUCAAAUAUCUCUGCCUGCUCACCGCUCACUGCUAUAAUCACACCAUGGUACCGAAUUUGAUUGGUACCUCCGGCGACGCUAGUAAAACCUCUACCAUUUCUGGGAAACGUAAAAGACACGACGAGCAAUCGGAAGUUCAGGAGAGUGGCGAUCGUCCCGAGAAACGGGCCAAGACUAUCAAACGAAGACCCAAGAAAAAGGCAGUUCGGCGACGCAAAGUACCGAAACGGUUCAAGGGAGUCCGCGGCGUAUUCGCCCUCCUACAAAGGUUGUGGAAGUACCUUCCUGUCAAGAUUUUUUUAUACGAGAUCUUCUGUUAUCUCGAUUCCCGCGAUCUUCUCCAUCUGGGUCGCACCUGUAAACACCUUCGAAAACUUCUAAUGACAAAAUCGUCGAAUAACAUCUGGCGCAUCGCUCGUGAGAAUGUCGAAGGGGGUCUGCCUCCUCUUCCAAUGGAUCUCAAUGAGCCUCAGUAUGCUCACUUGGUCUUUGAUGUUUAUUGCCACGUCUGUAACAAGCCACGGAAAUGCGAUACUGUUUUGUGGAGGUUUCGACUCAGAAGUUGCCGAAACUGUGAAAAAACCUUCACCAUAUACAACUGGCAUAUUUUGUCACACGAACUCUAUCCGUUCACUUCGCUUCAAAUUUUGUCUCAAGAGAAGAUUAAAGUAAAGGACCGUGAUACUACGAUCAUUGAUUACGAGGCAGCGUUGAAACUAAAAGCCCAGUAUGUGGCUCUCAAAUCCGAAGAAGAUCGUCGUGCAUGGAUCAAGCAGAAAUUUCGAGAACGUCGAGCAAUAGAUAAUCAUGCUCGUUCUUGUGAAGCAUGGCACCUGAAUCAUCUAGAGCAACGAUCUAGACAAUUGAACGAUAUUCGCAACCAGAGGCUGCAAGCGAUUCUCACUCGCCUGGAACUCAUCGGCUUGCGCCGAGACGCCGACAUGAUCCUCCUUGGGGAAUCUAAUUUUAACAUAUCCGAUGAUCUUCUAAACCUUCACUCUGUCAAACAAGCAAAAGUAUUGACCGACCGCGGUUGGGCUCAUAUGGAAUCUGAACUAGUCGGAUUAUUAUCUGAGCACAAAGAGAAACGCUUAGAGCGAGAGCACAAUGAAAGCUGUCGAAAACGCUACCUUUACCUCAAGCAAGAGUAUACCGAUAUCCUGUCUCAUCGGGAUCUGCGAGAGCCUUAUCCUGGAGUGGGCGAAAUUCUCUUUGAUCCAGUCUUCAAGGCAAUGGUUUGGGACACAGCGACGGAGGAGGAACUAACGCCUGAAUUCGUGAGGUCGAGACUUAUGGAACACCUUCCUCGGAUCGCUGGUGAAUGGAGACCCUCAAAAAUCCAGGAAAUCCUCCAAAUUCUUCGAAAUGUUCGACCUAGCGCGACCCUCUCAGAUCUUGAUUUAGCCGUCACAAUCUUCGGAUGUGCGAGAUGUAACGUGCUGAUGUCGAGCUCGCAGGUGUUCUAUCAUCCGUGUUGCCACAACAAUCGCAUAAUCGACGAUGUUGGCCACCACAGGAUGCGAAUUCUCAACGAGCAUUACGAUACAGAACAGGAUGGCUCUUGGUCAUCGCGUUCACUUUUCUUCAACAGGGAAAGUUCACGAUUCGCGGAAACAAUCCUGAUCGGUACCGGCUUGGACCCAUCUACAGCGACAACUGGUGACCUGACACGGGCACACCCAGUCAUUGAAUGUUCAGGUCCCCAAGAGGACGCUUUCCCUGGACGGUUGUUUAUGACAUGGCCUGCAGCACUAAUGUACAAUCAGAGGAUUGGAGAAGAAAUAUUCUUCAUAAUCAACCGCUUUGGCCAAGACACUUCCAGGAUUCGUAUUCAGGAGCCCCUCGGUAUCUUCUCAGAUGUCAUCUGUUGCGCGCAUUGUCAUGAAAAAAUAGCAGUCGCAGCGUUAUUCCACCAUCUUAUUUCUUGGCAUAAUGUGGACAUUCGUUCUACGGCUAUCACUUCCACUGAAUUCUACAAACACUUUCAAAUACAUUGGUAUUGGAAUCCUCGCGAUAAUAUAAACCUCAUGGGUAUGGACUUUCGUUGCAGAUAGAAGAGGGAAAUAUUUUCUUCAAUGCUGAUGUCGUAUACUCGAUCACAAUAAGCUCAUUUUCCUUCUACUGCA